UGUUAAAUGACAUUUGCUUCAACCGCCCUUGGUAUGGCAACAUUAAGUUUGUGUUUCUAUGGUUUUGUUUGGUAUCGUUUUUGAAUUUCAGUUGUCACUCGAUUUAUGCGCUGAAUUUUUUAAUACAAUUCAUGUUAAAGUUUCAGAAAAUUUCCUGUUUUUUUGUAAUUACUUUGUGCUCUUAUGGCUUUAUGUUAUAAAUCAAAUAAUUCUCUAUGUGAUUAUAAAAAAAGCAUGACAUUCGAAUCUAUCACAAAGAAAUCGCGACACUCGUCGCAAUCUAUGAAGAUUAUAAAUGAUCCUGUUCAUGGGCAAAUUGCUCUACACCCUGUUUGUAUUGCUAUAAUUGAUACUCCUCAAUUUCAAAGACUUCGAAACAUCAAGCAAACAGGAUUUUUAGAAUAUGUUUAUCCUGGCGCAACUCACAAUAGAUUUAAUCAUAGUUUAGGGGUUUGCUUUUUGGCUGGAAAAUUUGCUCAAGAAUUGCGGGAAAAACAACCAGAACUGUGUAUUUCAGAUAUUGACGUUUUAUGCAUUGAGCUUGCUGGCUUAUGCCAUGAUUUAGGACAUGGACCAUUUUCUCACACAUGGGAAAGAUUUGUCAACAUAGUUUCAAGAAAGAAGAAUCUCGGAAAAGUUUGGAAGCAUGAAAUUGUAUCUGCCAAUAUGAUUGACUACCUGAUUGAAGAGAACAACUUAUAUCCUCUUCUUAAUAGCUAUGGUAUAGGACCUGAGGAAAUAAAUUUAGUUAAAGAUUAUAUCAUUGGGACAAAGCCCACAGAUCCCAAUAGAGCAUUUCUUCAUCAGAUUGUGAAUAAUGAUGACUCUGGAUUAGAUGUUGACAAAUGGGAUUAUUUCCUUAGAGACUGUCAUUAUUUGGGUUUGCCUUGUAAUUUUGAGUAUGAACGUUUAAUACAGUUUGCUACAGUUCUUCCGGUGGGUGGAAAGUUUCAAAUCUGUUUUAGAGAUAAGGUCCUAGAGUCUGUGUAUAAUGUGUUUCGAACAAGGAGUAAUUUGCAUCGUAUGGCAUACCAGCAUAAAAUACUUACAACGAUUGAAAGAAUGAUAAUCGAUGCUCUUAUUUUAUCUGAUGGCAAAUGUUUUGGACCUUCUGGAGAGGUAUUGCAAUUUUGGAAUUGGAGUAUUGCUGCUGCACAACCUUUGAGUGAAGGGCUUCAAGAUUUUCUGAAAAAGUAUUGCAUUUUGACUGACGAAGUAGUGUUUUCAUCUAUGAAAUUUUCACCCGAACAGUCUGUUAAACCUGCAUCUAACAUAAUUGAAGCAAUUGAACGGAGAUCUUGUAAAGACUGUGGUUUCUACAAGCAUAUUGGAAUGAAAAUUCUGCCUCAUUAUAUUAGUGAAAGAGAAAUUCAUCAUGGUAUUACUUCUUUUUUGUUAUCUGCCAAUGAAGCUGUGAUGCAAUCAAUUAUAAAUUCUGAUCCUUCAAAAGAAAACUUAAAUCUUACAGACUGCAAUUUCUUGAAACCAGAUGAUAUUUGUGUUUCUGUUCUUUCAAUAAACUGGGGAAAGAAGGAUAAAAAUCCUGUUGAUUCAGUCCACUUCUACUCUAAAAACCUAGUUUUGACCAAAAAUUUCUUUGAAACUUCAGCCUUAUUGCCAAAAUCAUUUGAAGAAAUUCAAGCUCAUGUAAUAUGCCGUCGUAAUGAUCCUUUCGCUAUACAAGUUGCUAGGCGGUGUUUGGAUAAAUUCUUUAACUUUUUUCAUGCUAAUGGGAAUGGGAAAUAAUAGUAUAAAAUAAAAAAGCAGUUUUUGUAAGAAAAGUUACGAAAAGUAAAAAGUAAUCAAUAAAAAUGCUGAUCAGCACACAUCACAAAAUCCAUGUAUGUUAUUUCCUGCAUAUGCAUGCCAAAGUGCUGUUGAUGCAUAAUAUGAAAGACAAAAAAGGAAAACAUGAUGAUGGUAUAUAAAGUAAGAAAGGGUAUAAGAGAAGGUAAUUUAUGUAAAAGGAUGUUUCAAACUUAUUAUUAUUUUUUUCAUUUUAAGUUCUAUACAUUUGACUGCUUUAGUGCUAUUUAUAAUUAUUUCCCAAUUGUUUUAUCUUUUCCUUCACUUUUGUUUUUAUUUAUACUAAAAUAUAUAUGUAUAUAUAUCUAUAUUAAUAUAUUGAUUUAUUUAUUUGGAAUUGUAAAAAUUAUAUUUACAAAUAACAUAUGUUUCUUAUUAUACAUUUUUGGGUCUCUAAACAAGUGCUGUUUAUAAAAAUGGCACAAGUCAUGAGCAAUGUGAUUUCAACAAAGUAUUUGUUUUGCCGUCAUUGUACUUUAAGAAUUUUUUUUAAACCAAAUAUAUUAUUUAGCAUUUAUAUUUUUUAUGCAUUUUUUUUCAUGAGAUAGUAACUAAUUUCUUGUACAGGUACAUAAAUUUCUAACUAUUAGAGUAAGCCUAGGAUAGAUGGUCAUAGUUUUUUUGUAUGAAGUAAAAAUACUAAGAAUAUGGAAACAAGAAAUGUUUAGGCAUAAUUUAAGCUUCAUAAACACAACA